UUUUCACUUCCGUGCUCACAGCGGUGGACAAACACUGUUGAUUAGUGUACGUGAUAAAGUGUGGCCGAAGUGACAUUCAGCCGAAGUGACCAAAUGAAGCAGAAGGGAUGAUUACAAAUUGUUGCAACUGACUAGGAUCGUAUCAGUCGGACGGACUUUGAACAGUGGCCUGAUCAUUUUUUUGGACUGGUUUGUGUGGUUUCGAGAUCCCAGAGAAAUAUGGAGGGAACAACCCACCUACCUUAUGCUAGAAAUCUUUACUUACAUAGCUGCAAUUUUAACACUUAGCCAUGCACUACGGCAUGGAGGACGCUACCCGUACCUGUGGCUGGCAACCAUUUUCCAUGGCUGGACUGUAGAGUGUAUCAGCUACUUCCUGCCAGAUAUUGACAACUUCUGGCAUGGACAGUCCAGUAUUAUUUUCCUGGGAGGCAGACUGCCUCUACACAUUGUCUUAUUCUACCCUUUCUUCAUAUACACUGCAUCUGUAUCAGUAUCCAAGUUGCGGUUAAGUUCCUGGGCAGAACCAUUUGCCACUGGACUGGCUGUGGUCCUGCUGGAUGUCCCCUUUGACAUCAUGGGGAUUAAACUGAUGUGGUGGACCUGGCAUGACACAGAGCCCAAUAUCUAUGACCGCCAUUACUGGGUGCCUUGGACCAGCUACUAUUUCCAUGCCUCUUUUGCUUUCAGUUUUUGUUUAAUUUUCCAUGGCACAAGAAAGGUAUUGGACAACAGAGGGAAGUUUGAAGCUAGCAAUGUCUGUGUAGAGUUCCUGAGUACUGUGCUGACUGGCCUGUUCUCCAUGCCUCUGGGAACCAUUCAGUUCAUUCUACUGUACCAUCCUCUUCAUGAUGUAUAUCAGCUUCACUCGGAGGUGUGUGUUCUGGCCCUGCUUGCCCUCUAUGUCCUGGUGAUAUGGAGUGGAGACAGGAAUCCUACGGAGGAUGCCAGAUCCGAGGGAAAAGAUUUUUUCAGCUGGUUUGAUGAGAUAUCUGCACUGGUCAUCAUCCACUAUCUAUUCUACGUGAACCUGGUGGUGUUCUCCAAACCAGAGCAGCAGAGUUCCAUGGGACUCCAUGAAACUGUUGGCCCUUGCAAUGAAACGUCACCUGUGUAUACUGCAGCAGGCAUGAUUUUGUCUAAACGUAAGUACUUAUGCCUCAGCGACUAUGAUGAAGGGUAUUAUGAUUUCCACUGCAUUCCAAACCAGAGGGAGCUUCCCCCCAAGACAAGCUGGUAUAGGAUAUGUGGCACUCCUUUUCCCAAUCAUGUGGAGUACAUAUUUGUUGUGUGUACUUUUUGUGCCCUGGGUCUGUAUGUGUAUGUGCAGAUGCUGGCCAAUUCAGGACAAUACCCACCAGUAAAAACAAAAACAAAGCCUGAGAAAGAGCCACAUGGAAAGGAGCCUCAUGUGAAAGAGCUACAUGUAUCUGGCAAAGGAAAGAAGCAGAAAAGGCACUGAUAGAUUAAUUGGUCGAUUUAUGUUGUCAUGAUGAUGGAUUAAUAAAGAUAAACUUAAGUCCACCUUUUAUCAUCGUUGUAGCCACCGUGCAGGUUUAUUCAACUAUAAAUCAAAUAUAUUGUGGAAAACUCAUAGUAAAUUUGCAGCACACAAAGGAGGAUGAAUGUGUUUCCUUUAUAUUGUCUAGUAGAAAUUAUUGACCACUACUAAACAUGCCAAAUUAAUUCAUAGUUUCCUUUGAAGGGCAGGCAGUAUGACAACUAUUUGGUGAGAACUGCUCAGUACUUAACAAAUUGCAAGAUGUUUGGUGUGAUACUAGAAUUUAAAAAGAAGAUGAUUCAAGGAAAUGUGGCUAAUUUCCUUUGCAAAAAGUUAUGUUAUUGAUAACUUGUAUAUGACUUAAAUAUACCAUGUUUAAGAUAGGCUUCAUUUCUGUAAAACAACAUGAAAAAUAGAUCACCAAUGAAGGUUUAUAAUUGUGAUAGAUGAGUACAAAUCAGUUGGCAAAACAAAAAAUGUUAAUGAUUUGUCAAUGUUUUAAAAUUAAUGGAAAAUACUAUGUGGAGUUAAGUAUUGAAAGUGUUAUCAAAAUUUGUUGAAUGGGUCCGGUUGUGUAGAUAAUUAAGCCCCUCCUUGAUAUUUUCAUUUAAAGAUGUUUAAUAUAGUGUAAUUGCAGGUAAUGAAAUGCCUGUAAUUGGAUACAUUCUGCCAAGUGCUUUCAAAGGUAAAUGUAUAUUAAUGUGAAUUAUAGAGUUAUGAUACAAUAGUGAGAACAUUGCAUAGUUUAUUUGAUUUAUGCAUAAACAUUAGGUCAUGACAUGACCAAUUAUACCCAUAUGAAAAUGUAACUUGCAGUUGUUACUGUUUAAUUUUAAUAUCUUCUUGUGUAAUUUUCAACACGUUUGUCUGUGAUGCAUUUUAAAUAUAAAAAAUUGAGGGAUUUAUGUUAGUUUCUUAAAAGAAUUCUUAGUGAACCAAAAUAGAGCAUAAUCAUAUUGUUAAUACUUGUAGCUGUGGUUUGGUUAUAACAAAAGGUCUUACUCUAGAAA